AUGAUCUCUGAUAACCCCAAGCUGGUCCAUUGCACUGCUUACGAGGAGGCCUUGGGGAGUGCACUUACCAUGACAGUCCCCGACAAGGACGGUGUGAGUGCCUGUGCUGUGUGGUGUGAGAUGGCCAACUAUUGGCGUCGUGAGAAGGGCAUCACUCUGGUAGAGAGGCUGAAUGAGCUGAGGGAAAUGGUGGGAUAUUUCGUACAACACAACGGCUACUUUAUUUCGACCGAUCCGAAGGUCACCAAGCAAGUUUUCGAUGAUUUCCGCAAUAAUGGUCAGUACAAAGACCAUUUGGGGGCCUCGAAUAUCGCUGGAAUACGCGAUGUCACUCUUGGCUAUGACUCGAGAACUCCCGAUAAGAAGAGUGCUCUGCCGCAGACCCCCAACGACCAGAUGAUCACCCUGUACUUCGAGAAUAAGGCCACUGUCACUAUCAGGGGCUCUGGUACUGAGCCUAAGGUGAAGUACUACUGCGAGGCGAGCGAUAAGAAGGGCAUGAGAGAAGCUCAGCAAAGAUUGGACGGAGUGGUGAAAGAUGUGAUUGACCAUUUCCUCCAACCCGCUAAGUUUGGCCUAACGUCGAGGUGA